AUGCCUCUGUGUCAGGCAGGCAUGAAGGCAGUUGCUGUGACUUUCUGUGUCCUCUGCUUUCAGUUUGAAGCCCUGUAUGGAGUUGACAGCUGCUCAUCAUGUGCAUGCAAAAAUAUAGAUCAGGCCCAUGUCUCUGACACCCAGGUGAUGGUGGAAUUUGAAAAUGGAAACUUCCAUUUCACAUUCCCCAACCCCAAAAAUGUGAGUGAAUUCAGCAUGACCCUCUUCAAAGGGCGUGAAAAGAAGGAAAUCUGUGCAUUCCAUUUGAGCAAAGAGAGAGUUAUCUCCAAAAGUAAUGUCACCUACUGUCAGACACAGAAUUCAAGCAGCAGCACCACUUUCAUUCUUAAAAAUCUGGAGAGGAAACAUAUUGACGUUUAUACAUACUGCCUGGAGAUAUUCUUACCCCCUCCUUACAUAGAGUGCUGUCUGAAAGAAACCUAUUUGUACGUCCAAGAUAAGGAGGACUGCUUUUCCCUUGGACGCGUGCCAUGGAUUAUUAUCGGCGUGAUCAUUUUUGCCAUUUCCUGUGUCUGCUGUGUUGUGGCCUGUUGCUUAAGGAACAAGAAUCAGAAGUGUGAAUCCAACUCCCUUGAGUACAACAGUGAAUACAUGCCCAUGGCAGCAGUGAACGCAGCUAAAAAACCAAGAAUCUGA